AUGUGUCGCUUUUCAGCAGCAGGGCGCUAUGACAGUCGUACCACUAUCUUUUCCCCAGAGGGUCGCCUCUAUCAGGUGGAAUAUGCAAUGGAGGCGAUUAGCCAUGCUGGAACUUGCUUGGGAAUCCUCUCAACCGAUGGCAUUUUGAUAGCAGCAGAAAAAAGAACGUCCACAAGCUUCUUGAUGAUACGGUUCUUGCCUGAGAAAAUCUAUCGACUCUCGGAAAAUAUCACAUGUACGGUCGCUGGAAUUACUGCCGAUGCUAACAUUCUUAUCAACCAUCUUAGAUGGUGGGCUGCUCAGUAUAAACUGUCAUAUGGAGAAGAGAUGCCAGUCGAGCAACUGGUACUCGUAUCGUCUGCAACGAGAAGCAGCGAUCACUCAAUGGAAGUAUUAUACUGUUUAGGAAAACGACCAUUCGGUGUGUCUCUUCUUUACAUGGGAUGGGACAAGCACUACGGAUACCAACUUUACCAGUCCGAUCCAUCUGGAAAUUACACUGGUUGGAAGGCGACGUGCAUCGGCAAUAAUCACCAGGCUGCUAUGUCCUUGUUGAAACAGGAAUAUAAGAGCCCAACCCUUGCAGAGGCGAAAAAGUUGGCUGUUAAGGUUUUAUGGAAGACUCUUGACGUCAAACUGACAAAUGAGAAAGUGGAAAUGGCUGUCUUGACGCGUCGUGAUGGAAAAACAGUAGUUGAGGAAUUGACUGGUACAGAGGUUGAGAAGCUUAUCAAGGAACACGAAGAGAAAGAAAAGGAAGCUGAAGCUAAGUAA